AUGGCAAUACUAGCUACAAAGACAACUAUUUUCAAGGACAAAAUGGUUGUAUUCAAUGCAACUGAUUUUCUAGAACGGAGCCGGAACGGCAGGAUAGUUUUCGCCGGCGACUCCAUCGGGCGAAACCAAUGGGAGUCUCUAAUAUGCAUGCUUGCACAAGGAGGUGCCUUCCUGGUGGUUACCGGUCGGCCGCCACCAAAAGCAUCCAAGGAAGUUCGGACCACCCUCAGGGUUGACACACUGCACUGGUAUUCAAACAAAUGGGUUAAAGCAGAUGUGCUCAUGUUCAGUGCUGGACAUUGGUGGAACCAGGAUAAGACUGUAAAGAUGGGGUGCUUUUUCCAGGUGGGAGAAACUGUGAACAUGACAAUGGAUGUGAUGGAAGCAUUUCAGAGGUCAUUACAGACUUGGAAGUCAUGGGUAAUUCAGAGUUUAGAUCCACAGAGAAGUCAUAUCUUCUUCCGCAGCUACUCACCGGUGCAUUACAGGGACGGAACAUGGAAUGAAGGUGGUCACUGUGACGCUAAUGUGGCGCCAGAAACGAACAACACAAAACUGGAACCUGAUCCAGUCAACAAUCUGUUUAUUUCUGAUGUAAUCAAACAGAUGGAAAGUGCAAAAAGAAAGAUUCAGUUCUUAAACAUUACAUAUCUUGCAGAAUUUAGGAAAGAUGGUCACCCUUCAAGCCACCGAGAGGUGGGCACUCCAAUCCCAGCCCCACAAGACUGCAGCCAUUGGUGCCUACCUGGAGUCCCAGACACAUGGAAUGAACUUCUUUAUGCCCAACUACUGUCAAAUGGAUUCAGAACAAAAAUUGAGGGUACCUAGCAAUAAAAACUCUUCUCCGAAACAAAGGGCUGGAGUUUUCAGCAAUGCUUUUACACAGACUAUUCCUCAGCAUUUUGGUUGGAGUUCACCCUACUGGUUUCCAAUUUCCUCAACCUCCUCAAGCUACCUCAAGAGAUAUAACCUUUCUGGUCCAUAGGGUAUCUGCAACAAACACCACCUCAGUACUGCUGGUUGAGCUUUUGAAAGAACUGACACAAGAAAACUCCAGGUCAGGAAAUACACAUUGGAGCUGGUACAUAUCUCUCUCCAUUACAACCACAUUGCUACAUGCCCACAGCAGUUACCUGUACAUGGGGUAUUUAUUUAUUUUUCAUUUUUUGAUCCAAUGUUGUAUAAAUUUUGCAAUAGUUAAAGGGUUCUUAC